AACUACAUCCAUGGUUAUUUUGCCGAUUACAUAUCUAAGCAAAAUCACUUUUUUUCAGUUCAUUUAUUCUAAGUGGUCAUUUUGUUAACUGAAAAACAAAACAAAGAACAAAUGAGGAGGGAGUAGGUUAGAGGUCGCAAGCAACCAAUUGUAUGCAUUUAGGGUUAAUAUUUAAAGCAUAUGGGAUAUUCUUAUUUCUUCUGUUUCAAUAUCUGUGUUUCCAAAGGUCCAUCCAUCCAUUCAUCCAUCCAUUUUCUGAACCGCUUAUUCUACACAAGGUUGUGGAUGAGCCUGGAACCUAUCCCAGGGAACUCGGGGCACAAGGCAGGGGACACCCUGGAGGGGUGCCAUCCCAUCACAGGACACAAUCGCACACACACACACUACGGCCAAUUUGGAAAUGCAAAUCAGCCUACAAUGCAUGUCUUUGAACUGUGGGAGGAAGCUGGAGUACCCAGAGGAAACCUCCGAAGCACGGGGAGAACAUGUGGAGUGGAGGUGAGAGGUGCGAGCCAAACAUAAAACUUGCAUAAAGUGCAAGUUUUCUUAAUCAUGUAGCCUAUGCAAUGACACCUAGUGUACUAACAGUUGCAAACGUUUUUAUUUUUAUUAUUAUUAUUUAAGUUUAUGUAAUAACCUUUACCUUUUAAUUCAAGAACCUUUAAACAAGAAGGAACAUUAACCUUGCAUUCUUGGCAGGUGUCUGACUGAAGCUUUGCACUUGAAAAGUCAAGGAGAAACAUGCUCUAACUUACAAGCUCCUGAAGAUCCACUUGCUACCUCAUAGCAUGUCUACUGAAGUGAAUGUCAGUGUCUAAUAAACAUGAUCUCUCAGCCUUGCACCGCUUAGCUGCUCAGCCAAGCAAAGUAAAACAUGGUCUGAGAGAGUGAGAGCAAGAGAAAGAUCAGAAUAACAAGCAGCACAUAUGGACAGGAAACUGUUACUGUCUACAGCAAAAAACAAAAACAAUAAUAAAAAAAAGGUAUUAUAAAGUAUAUGUUGUAUUUAUGAUGAGUUUAAUGGAUAGACAGAUGGACAGUUUUCUUUGCAACUUAUCUGUUCUGAAUUCUUAUACUACACAGACAUUUUUGUUUACACAAUUUUGUAAACAAACCAAAAUAUUCCUUGCUUCUCUUGCUAUUUCUAAAGGGCAACACUGUAUUGGGUUUCCUUUCAGCAUUUCUGUCUGAAUGAAUAGAUAUUAAUUAUUUACCAAAGUGUACCUGUGAGACCACAUGCAGUUGCAGCGUAAGAACAGUGUCCAUGUCACAAACACUCGAUAUUUAGACAUUGGCGUCUGUCCUCGGCGGAACUGUGGCAUUUAAGUGUAGCUACAAAAACAGAUUGAAUGAAUUGCUCAUUUUCUAGAUAUACUCUGGAUUUCAUUCAGCACUGGGGAAAAUCUGAGGAUUUACUAUCAAGCUACUCAAACACAGGAAUAUGCAAUCAGGACUAAUCAUUAGCAGUGAGGAAGAAAUGUAGGAUGAAGCUCUGUAUCUAUGCCAUAAACAGCUGAUCACUACUGCUUUCUCCAGCACCAUGGCAGAUGCUUUACUGGAGCAAGGCACAAACUCUAAUUCCUCGAGUAACCAAACAGAUUUCAGCUGCAGCAACGAUGAGUCAUACAAGUACAUCAUCUUACCCCUGUGCUACUCUAUAACCUUCUUACUUAGUGUCGUCCUAAACUCCACUGUUCUCUUGCGCUCGUACCGUGGUGGUCGCCGAUGGAAUACCUCACUAAUUUAUAUGGUUAACCUGGCAUCCACGGACUUAAUGUACAGCUUGUCUCUGCCGCUUCUUGUGGCAAGUUAUGUCAUGCAUGACCAUUGGGUGUUUGGGGAUUUUAUGUGCAGGCUGGUACGCUUCCUUUUUUAUUUUAACCUCUACUGCAGCAUCUUUUUCCUCACCUGCAUCUCUGUGCACCGCUACAUGGGUAUCUGCCACCCUAUCAGAACCAUCACGCUGGAGAGCAAGCGUGCUGCAAAGAGCACCUGCGCUAUGGUCUGGGUCGUGGUGUUCCUGCUCACCUGUCCAAUCUUUCGUUUCGCUCAAACUGGUGACAUGCCCAGAGACAAUGGAACCACAGGACGUGGGCUAAACCAAGUGGACUCGGAGAUGUAUAAGAACUGCUUUGAUGUUGCAACAGACACCGAGUUCUCUGAGUACGUUCCAUAUGGAAUUGUUCUUCACCUUCUAGGCUUCUUUGUUCCCUUUACUGUCAUUGCGUGGUGUUACUCGCAGGUGGUUCGAACCAUCUUUCAGACCUUGCACCCUCAACCAUAUGUGCAAGAGGUUCAUGAUAAUGAAAGAGGUCCCACCAAUCAGACCUCAAUCUCCGGCUCUCAGCAUGCACCAUAUAUCAGCAGGCGCCGCAAGUCCAUCAAAACAAUCAUUACCAUCACUUUCUUGUUCGCGCUGUGCUUCCUGCCAUUCCACAUCACCCGGACGCUGUACCUCAUUCUUAAACAGAGAAACGCAGAGUGCCACACCAUGCACGCUAUCUCUGUCUGCUACAAAGUCACUCGACCCCUCGCGUCAUUCAAUUCAUGGCUCAAUGCUCUGCUCUACUUCCUCACUGGGGACAAUAGCAUCUCUUGCUGUGGACUGAGAGAAACCAGUCAUCACAUACACCAUGUCUCACCAUCAAGGGCUCUUGGAGGACUGAAAAAGGAGGUUGUAGCUGAAAAGGGAGAACAGGGUGAAAAACAUACAAACCACAAUCAAAACAGAGACUCCAAACCCUCAGGAAUCGCAAAGCGGACUGUGAAAAUGACCAAAUCCUGUGCAUGGUGGUUUUCCUAUGAACUGUCUGUGUCUGAAUAAUACUGCUCCUGUAUUUAUUUUCUUAACUUUCUAUUAAAAGAAAGUUUAUCAUAUUCGUAUUCAAGUUCUUUGUUCUGAUGUAGUUGUAUUUUAUCACCUUACUGCUCAGUACAUGACUAUUUACCAGGCUGGAACAAGAACUUUAUUUGCAUCCUGCAUUGAGCCUUUCUAAUCUUGUGACAAUGUAUUAUUUUUCAUAAUUGUGGUAAUGCUGAGAUGGCUUUAACUUAAACUGCUUAUUAAUUUGCUGUCCAUUAAUUAUUUAUUAAAUGAUUGUUUGCAACUAAAGCAUUACAAUGACUGAUUUUUACAUUCCUCUCCCUUAAUUAAUACAAGACCUACAAUGCCUGUUAGCAAAUGGAGUGUAAUGAGAUUGAUUAAUAUAUAAUACCAGGUCAAUAAAUGAAAAGAAAACAGGAAGCAACGUUACUAAUUCACAGCCCGUGACAAUGUAUGGUAUUAAUAGUUAAACUCUUUCCUGUCCGGAUCUAAGCAUAAUCCAUUAGUAUUACUGAGGCAUGACUUGUCAUGUCACAGUCAUGUGAAAAAAUAAGUACACCCCAUGGAAAUGUUUGGCUUUUUUGACAUAUUUGGACACGUGUGACUGAUCUGUUGUUGUUUUUUUUGAUAAUUUCAAUUGUGAAAAUUACUACAAAAUGUCAAUUUUAUGUGUCAUUGGAUAUAGUGUAACACCCAUAGGAUGUACUUAUUUGGCACGUUUUCCUCUGCUUCAACAUCCCACCUCUGUCCUGUGUGUGCAGAGUUUGCUUGUUCUCUCCGUGCUUCGGGGGUUUCCUCCGGGUACUACUGUUUCUUCCCCCAGUCCAAAGACAUACGUUGUAGGUCGACUGGCCUUUCCAAAUUGUCCGUAGCGUGUGAAUGUGUGCGAUUGUGGCCUGCGAUGGGUCGGCACCCCGUCCAGGGUGUCCCCCGCCUUGUGCCCAGAGUUCCUUAGGAUCCAGGCUCCACUGUGUCCCUCUGUAGAAUAAACGGUAUGGAAAAUGGAACACAUUCGUAUUACUUUGACCUUUAUGCGUGACCUCCCUGCAUGUUUCAUGGCAUGAAUUAUAACUGCUGAACAAGAUAAGCAAUGCCUGUUUUGAUCAACAUUAAUCAAAUAAAAUAAAAAAAAUGGCUUUACAGAUUUCUAUAUUUACAUAUUUUAUCCAAUAUUUUGUUGUUUACCCCAUAUAUCCACAAAACACACAUGGUUGCUAGACCAUAAUAAUGUAAUAUUUCCAAUUAGGGGUCCACCUAUGUCCAAUUUUGGUAGAGUUUUAAACAGGAGGUCCACCGUCACAGGCCCUUCCACCUUUUACAUCUUUAUUCACAAUGUCUGACGAGCUGUCUGUUGCCUAUUGCUAUUAAAUGCACAAUAUACUUUAAAAAUAAAUACUGAAUUGUAUAAAAGUCAGUUUACAUUCCCCUUAAACACCCCUUGUUUUAGAUUUAGUAAGGUAAAGGAAAGUAAGCAGUAUGAGAGCGUUAAUCAGAAGAGCAGGCAGAGAAAUCAGACGUGUCUAUCGAGCUUGCAGUUUUCUUCAUGGCCAGAGCGAGGUGGUGUUGUUGAAGAAGAAGACCAUCAC